AACCAACGGCCCCAACAGAAGAGGCGCAACAUCUUCUAGCCUUCCUCGUCCCUCUUCUUCUUCCUCCGCCUGCCCCUCCCCCACCCCCUCCGCCUAUUAUAUAUCGCUAGCUCCCAGUUAGCGGCGGCGGUUUACUGCUGCCGCUGCCGCCAAUCAUCAGACGCAUCGCAGAGAAUUUAAGGGCUGGUGUUAGUUGGGGAGGGAUCGAUUCGAUUCUGCUAUAUUUUCUCCAAGCCGCGAGUCAAGGCACCCCUCCUUUUUCUUCUUCUUGAGAUUUGUUAAAAUCUCCAACUGAUUUGUUAAAAUCGUGAUUGGAAGAGGAAAGCAUUAAUCAAUCUAAAAGGAAGUCCCGCCCCGCUGCCUUUCCAAUGGAUGCCACCAAGCAGCAGCAGGACGACGAGGAAGCCCUCUCUAACUAUACUCCUCUCGACUCUUCUUGGGCGUCAACCUCUUCGUCCUCUUGCUUGCCUGUCUCAGGUGACACGGACAGGGCACCCCUGCUGCCCAGCAAGAUGGACGAUGCCGAAAAGGGAGUGAGGGUCGACAUUUCCGAGGAUACUGCACACCAGAUUAGCGUGGAUCCUUGGUAUCAAGUUGGGUUCAUCCUGACAACAGGAAUGAAUAGUGCAUAUGUCCUAGGGUACUCUGGGUCGAUUAUGGUCCCUUUGGGCUGGAUCGGUGGAACAUGCGGCCUGCUCCUGGCUGCUGCAAUAUCAAUGUAUGCAAAUGCUUUGCUUGGCCGCCUCCAUGAAGCUGGCGGCAAACGCCAUAUCAGAUACAGAGAUCUUGCUGGACACAUAUAUGGAAGAAAAAUGUAUGUGCUUACAUGGGCUCUACAAUAUAUCAAUCUUUUCAUGAUCAACACGGGCUUUAUCAUCUUAGCUGGUCAAGCACUAAAGGCAAUAUAUGUACUCUUCAGAGAUGACGGGCUUCUAAAACUUCCCUACUGCAUAGCAUUAUCUGGGUUUGUCUGUGCUCUUUUUGCAUUUGGAAUUCCUUAUCUAUCUGCUCUCCGGAUUUGGUUGGGAUUCUCCACUGUCUUCAGUCUCAUCUAUAUUGUUAUAGCAUUUGUGCUGUCGCUUAGAGAUGGGAUAACUGCGCCUGCAAAGGAUUAUAGUAUUCCUGGAUCACAGUCAACUAGAAUCUUCACUACGAUAGGUGCAGUAGCAAAUCUUGUAUUUGCUUACAACACUGGAAUGCUGCCAGAAAUUCAAGCAACCAUAAGGCCUCCGGUGGUCAAGAACAUGGAGAGGGCCCUCUGGUUCCAAUUCACUAUUGGUUCGUUGCCUCUGUAUGCUGUCACCUUUAUGGGUUACUGGGCUUACGGCUCGUCAACUUCAAGUUAUCUACUGAAUAGCGUUCAUGGUCCAGCUUGGCUAAAAAUUGUGGCAAAUUUCUCAGCAUUUCUUCAGACUGUCAUAGCAUUACAUAUAUUUGCAAGCCCAAUGUAUGAGUACCUGGACACGAGAUUCGGCAGUGGACAAGGUGGGCCUUUUGCAAUCCACAAUGUUGUGUUCAGAGUUGCUGUGAGAGGAGGCUACCUGACGGUGAACACGUUGGUGGCUGCGAUGCUGCCUUUCCUCGGCGACUUCAUGAGCCUGACAGGCGCCCUGAGCACCUUCCCCCUCACAUUCGUUCUUGCAAACCACAUGUACCUGAUGGUGAAGGGGCCCAAACUGUCUGCCUUCCAGAAAGGUUGGCACUGGCUGAACGUUAUUGGGUUCAGCCUGUUAUCUGUCACGGCUGCAGUUGCUGCGCUGAGGCUUAUCAUGCUUGAUUCCAGUACUUAUCACUUUUUCGCUGAUAUGUGAAGCCAAUUUUUGUUUAGAUUUUCACAUAGUUUAUAGGGGAGUGUGCGUUAGGUAAGUAGAAUAUUUGAAACCCUCAAUAUUGAAGAGGUGUUUCUUUAUAUGUAGUUGAUUGAACCUAUCUGAAUUUUCCUGCUAUAUGCAUUUGGUUAAGUUUUUUUUUUUGCAUGA